UAUUGUGAGACUACAAGUGUUCCAGCGAUCAAGCGGUCCAGUGAAAAAAGGCAUUAUGAAUGGAAACUCCACAAACCGAGACAAUAAUGACGAUGGUAAUAUAUUUGGAAUGAGGAAAAUCUCAUAUUGGGAAAUAUACGGUGUGAAACGUUUUCCGUAUCGUGGAAGGCGUAAUUUUACACCAUUACUUUACCCAUCUUUUGAUGGAGGGAUGAAAAUCUCAAACGACGUUUUCGGACUGACAAUCAGACAGUUUGAACGAACGUAUAAAGCUUGUUUAGAGAGAAGGAAUACACAUGAACAGUGGAUUAUUAAUCUUAGAUAUCCUGAUAAAUCUUCAAAUGAAUACCUGGAUUACUUACUGAACUGUACAGACUGUAAUAAAGAUCACUUGCUUUGGCUCGAAUCAAAACCGAGGGAGAAAUACUUAUAUGAACACCUCGUAGAAAGAGUUGGUACUGAAAUCGAUAUAAGAACAAGACAACGAUUCUUUAUAGUCAGUGAUGAUAUCGAAAAUGAAUUUUCGCCUCAUCAAAUAAAAAUAUCAAGUGGAAGUAAGGCAGAAGGACUGGAUUUACCCGGAAGUGACAUAGAUAUUAUGUGCAUAAACAAAAUGGAAGAAGCAGACAUAGUACAGAAUGUAAGGAGUAUCAAACACCCAAUACAUCAUACUACCUUUGUUAUGGAGACUGAUAAUGAUAAUCCUGGAUUCACUAGACUCCGUUUGGUAGCCGACAAGAAAGAGGGAUCCUUUUUUGUACCUUCUGCUGGUAAUAGGUUGUACCUAAGAGUUAAUCAUUUUGUUGAAAGGAAUAAGCAAUCGAUUCCGACAAUGACUGUCUUUGCACACGGUCCAUGUUUAUCAGAUAAAGAUCAGACAAUAGAUUAUGCAUUCUGCAUACGAAGUAAAUAUCUACCUCAGAACGCAAUUCCAUGGGCAUACCGUCAUCGACGUCAAUGGCCCCCUAAUAUCGUUAUUGACAGGAUAAUAGAUUACGGAUGUUUGGUGGUACCUAUAGGACCUAAGAACAGAUCAGAAGAUGACUUUUUAUGGAGAUUGUCUUUCUCUGUAGCAGAAAAAAUGCUUGUACAUUCGUUUAACUUCACUCAACUGCUAUGUUACGGUCUACUCAAAUUAACAUUAAAGCAUGUCGUUAAUAGAAACGAUAAUGUUAAAGAGUUACUGUGUUCCUACUUUCUAAAGACGGCUUUAUUCUGGGUUUCGGAGGAGCAGGAUAUCGACACAUUUCAAUUAUCGAAAUUGUAUUUUUGUUUUUCUCUCUGUCUUGAUAAAUUAAUAUCAUGGGUAAACAUAUGCUACUGUCCGAACUAUUUUAUACCUGAACAUAAUAUGUUCCUACAAAAGAUCAAUAAAAGUAACAAUAAGAUACUUCUAUGUGUACUUGAGAGUAUAAAGUGUGGAGGGAUUGAUGGAUUAAUAGCGAAUUUAUUUCAGCUUGAUAAUGCAAAUCAUCGCAUAUCACGAACAAAUAGUGAAUCUUCGUCCGUUAAGAUAGAAUUUCUAUUUUACAAGCUUGGUGGAUCGAUAUCGGCACCAACAGAAAUUCCGAGUUGUUUGAAAGGUCUUGUAUUAAUUGAAUCUUUCAUAAAGUCUGAAACUUGUACGUUUAUUAUUGAUGUGUGUAAAUAUUAUUAUGCUGAAAUCAGUCAAUAUAUAGCACAACUUCUACCAUCGCCGAAUACAAGAGAUAGUAUGCAUAACAUACAUGAACGUUACCAUAGACAUUUACAAGACGGCAUCAAUACUGAUGCUGUGUCCGGCUGGUUGUUAUACGCGUCAUUUUAUUACGUAAUAGGGCAAUACAAUGUUGCACUUACACUUGCAGACUAUGUUCUGUCAAGAUGCACACCGGAUAUGGAACGAUUACAAAAUCAUCUGUAUCGUGAAACAAAUUAUAGUGAAUAUUUACAUUCCAAAUUGCCAUUAGUUGAAAAGAUGAAAAUAGCCAUUGUCCAUAACGUUACCUUUUUACAGCACUCGUCACUAAUACCAGAAGAACUACGACUAGAGGUUAUUACGGAUCCCUGCUUUACAAUACAGCCUGUUGCGUUUUCUCAAUGUCUAAGAUUUCUAUGUUAUCAUCAUCUUUCUGAUAUUUCCAACAGACAAGAGGCAUUACAUAAUUUAUAUUUAACGGUUAAAAACAAAUAUUUCAUGACGAAAGUUGGAUUUUCUGAAUCAUAUACACUACUUGGUGUAUGUUGUGAGAUCUCCGGUAAUAAAGAGUCCGCAUAUCGGUACUUCGACUGGGCUAUGCAAUGUCCUUAUCAUGUUUGUCCCACAGCAAAAAUAAGGAAAUCAAAGCUUUUUUGAAAAAACUUUUAGCAUUAAAAAACUCCUGCAGUUUGCCAUGUUAUAUUGUGUCAGCAGAAAAAUAUGUUAAGUCAUCUGUGUUCUUACAGGAGGCAUCUUAGUUUAUAUUAUAGAGGUUUUACCUUUCUCUAGCUUCAUUAUGUAUUGAAAUUUCCUUUCGUAAAGUAAAAUAAUAAAAUAAAAACACAAAUAUGUU